UUCAUGAUCCAAUGAGCUGGGAGAAUUCGCCACUUCCGGUCCUCUUUACACAUGUGAACUUGCCGCUAGCCAAGUGAACGACACAGAAAGUAGCAAUAAACGCUACUGAAGAUGGUCCAGUUCAGUAGAAUAUGUUUCCGGAAAUAUGGAAACUUUGUGGACAACCUCCGUCUGUAUGUUCGUGGAGGCAGUGGAGGUAUGGGUUUACCCCGUCUUGGUGGGCAGGGAGGAAACGGGGGAGAUGUUUGGGUGGUGGCUGCAAAGAACAUGACCUUAAAGAGGGUCAGGGACAAGUACCCCCAGAAACGUUUUGUUGGUGGAGCAGGAGCCAACAGCAGUGUCCAAGCACUUAAAGGAGACAAGGGGAAGGACAUGGAGAUCUUGGCUCCUCUUGGUAUCACAGUCACUGCUGAUGAUGGAAAAAUACUUGGUGACCUGAACGUUGAGGGUGAUCGUUUGAUGGUGGCAAAAGGAGGAUCCGGAGGCUGCAUGUACUCUGCAUUCCAACCCAGUAAGGGCCAGACUAAACACGUAAGGCUGGACCUCAAACUCAUCGCAGACUUGGGCCUUGUUGGGUUCCCAAAUGCUGGAAAGUCCUCUCUCCUGACAGCCAUGUCCAAUGCCACGCCUGAGAUUGCCAGCUAUGCUUUUACAACUUUGAGACCAGAGAUUGGCAAACUGAUGUACAAAGAUUACAAGCAGAUUUCUGUUGCUGACCUCCCAGGCCUGAUUGAGGGGGCUCACAUAAACAAAGGAAUGGGCCACAAGUUCCUAAAACAUGUGGAGAGAACCAAGCAGCUGCUGUUUGUGGUAGAUGUUUGCGGUUUCCAGCUGGCAAGUAAAACACCGUUUAGGUCAGCAUUUGAAGCUGUUCAACUUCUCACCAAGGAGCUGGAGUUGUUCAAAGAAGAGCUCGUAUCAAAGCCUGCUUUACUGGUGGUGAAUAAAAUGGACCUGCCUGGUGCUGAGGACAAACUGGCAGAGUUGAAGGAACAACUACAAAACCCAGAUGAGUUUUGUGAUCUGUUGCCUGAUGACAUGAUACCAAAGAACUAUAUAACCUUCAGACAUGUGGUUCCUGUCUCUGCCUCCACCGGGUUGGGCAUCGACCAUUUGAAGAGUUGUAUCCGAGAGUCGCUUGAUGAAGUAGCAGAAACCACAACAAAGGCCACCCAUCAAGAAAGACUGCAGGCACUGAGGCACCACUCACACACGGACCACAUAUUUCAGUAGAACCUACAGCACACAGUGACAGAUGAGUUUUAUUUUCUCUGUCUAGAAAUCCCUUCGCUCUAAUUGAGCUUUAAUUGCAGAUAAAUGUCAUGCACUGAGGAAAGACUGGUGCCAGCAGAAACUAUUUGGUGUCAGUUCAGACUUGCCAAAUAGCAGAGGAUGAGUUUCUCACCGACAGUCAUGGCCAGAACAUCCAGUGUUAACGAAGCUGCACGGGUUCAGCUUGAGGUAGUUGAAACCUACUUCAAAUAGUUGCUUGUUUGGUUGGAGGCUGUUAUCAAAAUCUAAGACACUCUUACAGUGUCCAUCGUUAUUCAGGAAUAACACUUUGUAAAAAGACAGGUGAAAAGCGUUUGAGCAUCAAAGGGAUUCAUACACUUACCUGUGAAUGGACGUGGGGCAAUAAAACACAAAAGCAGCCUGUUAGUCAGAGCUGCAUUAUGUGGAGGUAUUUAUACCAACUCCUUCAGGUGGCUCACGAAGAUCAAGAUUGUAUUUAUUUUUCCGGAUGUGUGUUUUGGGGAUGCACUGAUGCAACUUUUUCUCCCUCUGUGAUUUUGAUACCUCAACACUGGGCAUCCAUCCAACAAUAGCGCCCUCUUUUACAUAAGUUUUUAGAAACUGUAUAGAUUGGUCUGGCUGAUGCCAUUUCACUAACGAGGGUCAAUAUUGGAUCAGGGCAUCAAGUGUGUUGUUCAUUUACUAUAUUGUAAU